CAGACGACGUCGGAACAAGUACAGCAGCUGAAGCGAGCUUCGGAGCUGAGCUUUCGCUUCAAAGGAAACAAAACCCAAUAUGAUUUCAAUGCAGAUAUUGUAGAGAAAUUAGGAAGGGCAGAAAAUUGUCUCAAAGAAGACGACGGUGGGUCAGCAAAAUCCCUGGUGACAGAGGUCAUUGCAGAUGUAAAAACGCGAAACAAGCUGAUAAGACUAGUAGCCGAUAAAUCUGACGCAGGCUGGACAGCUGUAGAUGAAUACCUCAGUGACGAGCUCGCUAGUGACUCCGAGGAUGACAAAAGAAUCAGACAAGCUCAAGCACGGGCGGUACGGAAAAAACGCCUUCAGAAAAGCAGUCAGCUUGCGAACAAGCGUCAACGUCAAAAUGCUACAGUGGAGCAGUUUUCUCCUUCUACUUCUGGCACUAGGCUUUUUCGAAGCUUUCAGCCAAACCGUAGAUUCAUGCCUGGGGCUACCUCAGCUUGGAGCGCAGGACCCAAGCCAACGGACUUGUGCUUCGCCUGCGGGAAACCAGGUCAUUGGAGACGCAACUGUGGAUAGCAAAGGCAGGCAGUGGUGGGAGGAACUAGAACCAGCAGGGGGUAGUACAACUCAGCCCCGACAGUGGUGAAUCAGACGACUCACAUAGUGAAGCAGAAAAUGUAAAUACAGAACAUUAUUGCUCAAUUCCAAAUACAAAAGGUAGCAAUAACAAUUUACAUUUUAAUCUUUAUAAUGAGAAGAACAACUUUUUAAAAAUUCCCAAAUCAGACAGAACAAGAGAUCGUGAUGCUUAUUAACAGGCAACUAUAAACCAAUCUGGGCAUGCUAUCAAUUCUAUCACGAAGGCCCCCUUAUAAAUAGCGAAAGCAUUGUGCUAGCUUUUGUUCAGAUAA